ACUCUAAAUAUACUAAAGAAAUACUCCUUUCAUUCUUUUGUCUACACCGAAAGUUUCAAGUGUACAUCAUCACAAUUGAAAACUUGACACCUAUUUUGUAAUUUAAAAAACAAUGUCAAGUUGCAUCAAAUCAAGAAAUUAAAUAAACCCAAAAUUAAAAGACAUAAAAUAAAUAAUAGAAAAAGACAGGCACCACUAAGACAAAAAGCAAAGCAAACUACUUUAGUUCUUGUCUAUUAAAAACGCAUCUGAUUCUUCAUUCUUCCUUCCCCUUCUCUCUCACUACCUACUCCUAACAAACAACAAUGAGCUUCUUCAUCGAAGAUUCUGGUCUCAUCGUCACACAACUUCUCUACCAAAUGGCUGUCUUAAUCACCCUCUUGAGAUGGAUCUUUACUUGGAUCUUACGCUACCGAUCCAGAUCUACCUCCUCCUCUUCUUCAUCUACUCCUCCGAUCUCGUCACAAACCAUCAAAGAGAGCCUCGCCGUGACGACGUUCCGCGACGCCGCGGAUCGGUCUCCGGAACUGAUCAGCGACACUUGCGCGGUGUGUCUUGGAGAUCUGGAAGACGGAGAUGAGGUCAGAGAGCUCAGAAACUGCAGCCACGUGUUCCACCGAGAGUGUAUCGACAGGUGGCUGGACUACGAGUGCUGCGGCGGAGAUGAUAACGACGGCGAGGAAGAUAACCACCGCACGUGCCCUCUUUGUAGAACUCCGCUUCUUGCUGCUAAUACGUCGCCGUGUGCGGAUUGGCCGGUUAAGAACGAACCUAGCUGGGCCGUUGAGCGGCUUCUCUACCUCUUCGGAGAUGAUCUUCUUGUCUGACUUUUUAUUUUAUUUUUCUUUCGAUAUUUAUUUGAUUUUAGUGGAGAUUGAAAUUAGUUGGUCGAGUUUUGUAAAUUGGGAAUUUAAAGGGUAGAAUAGCAUUUAUAUAUAAUAUAUCAAUUUUAAACAUAUUUUCUUUGUGAAUCAUCAAAA